CGUCAACGUCGCGCCCGGAUGCAAGGGAUUAAAGCAACAAUCUUCGAACACAGUCCAUAACCACUUCGAAUUCGCAUCCGCCCUACAUUGAUAUCGAUCGCGCAGUGCCGGCCGCACAUCCCAUCGAUACCAUGGCGGACACAGGACCAGAAUUAGAUCAUGAGGACUCCAUCUCCUCCCAAGACCCCCAUAACAAGAAGACCAAGAAGAUAAAGAACAGGAGACCAGCAAAUACUGCCUUCAGACAACAACGACUAAAGGCAUGGCAGCCAAUUCUCACACCGAAAACCGUACUACCUCUCUUCUUUGCCAUUGGCAUAAUCUUUGCACCCAUUGGCGGCGCGUUGUUGUACGCCAGCGCACAGGUCCAGGAGAUCACCCUUGACUAUACACACUGCUUCGACCAGGCGCCAAACACAACGAAGAUUAAUGAAGAAAUGCCCAAGGGGCUGGCGACCUGGCAUUUCCACGACAUGGAGAACACCGCCCCGAAAGCGCUUUGGGCUAAGCAGACAAUCUCUUACACCUUUCCGAAUGGAGCCGUACUCGACAAUGUCACGCAGUGCUCUCUCAUCUUUGAUAUCCCCGCGCCGAUGAAUCCUCCGGUCCUCUUCUACUACCGUCUCACAGACUUCUACCAAAACCAUCGACGUUACGUCAAGUCGUUCCAGUCGGAUCAGUUGAAAGGGGACGCCGUUGACGCCGCCACCAUCGAAGGGUCGCUCUGCGACCCCCUGCGUCUCGACCCACGCGGUCGUCCUUACUACCCCUGCGGGCUGAUUGCCAACUCCAUGUUCAACGAUACAUAUACCUCACCUCUUCUCCAGAAUGUACAAGACGGAAGCGGUGCGUCUAAAGUGUACCAGAUGAAGAAUAACAGUGGAAUUGCUUGGGACAGUGACAAGAAGCUAUAUGGGAAGACGAAAUACAAGUUAGACCAAAUCGCAGUCCCACCGAACUGGGUGUUGAGAUACGGAAACAGCUCGGACUAUACGGACGCACAUCCCCCACCAGAUCUAGAGAACGAUCAGGCAUUUCAGGUGUGGAUGCGCACGGCGGGUCUCCCGACAUUCAGCAAGCUAGCCCAGAGAAAUGACGAUGACGUUAUGACUACCGGACGAUACCAGGUGGAUAUCAACCAUUUCUUCCCAGCUGAUAUUUAUGGCGGCACCAAAGCGAUCAUCAUCUCCACGCGCACGGUUAUUGGAGGCCGCAACCCCUACCUUGGUAUCGCCUUUGUCGUUGUUGGCGGACUGUGCAUCCUCCUGGGUGCCAUUUUCACGGCCACUCAUCUCAUUAAGCCAAGAAAACUCGGCGACCACACAUACCUCUCGUGGAACAACGACCAGCCCAGCACUGCGACGACGACAGGCCGUGAGGGCGGGCGUGAAGGGGCUUAAGUGGGUGGGUUAGUGCCAAUUGUACAUUAUGAUCAUGAUUCAUCCUUUUCCUCAUCGUUCGGCGCGGUUGGUCUGUUUCUGGGUUUUGGGUUUCGACAACAUACGUGUUGGGGGAUGAGAUUACUUCCUAGUUGUUAAAAUUAGUUAUUCACUCGAUGAGAAUUUAUAGAUGCGCAAGACCAUGUAGAAGGUGAU